GUGCCGACAGUUGCUCGCUCUUUCCUGGAGGUGAAGGAGGGUGUUCAGAAGCAAUUUCAUCCUCUCGGCGGUUUGUUACAUGGGAAGCCAUGCUAACAUAAAAGAGUAGAAACACGACGCCAUCUGGAUACGCAUCCACUCUGCCAACUUCUCUAGAGCUCGCAAUAUACUGAGCUAGUUUUCUACUAGAAGUGGAUUAUGAGAGAGAAACGAGCCUCCUGAGGUUGCACUGACCCUUAUGCAAUGUAGUGCGACCCAAAAGUCCAGUCAGGAACUUGUGAUGACCAUGUUGGUGGUAGGCAGGUAAUGCCUUGAAGAUACGAAGCCUCGGAGAGGGUUCUUGUUUCCAAGCUUGCAGAACAGAGAUUUGCUCGAUUUCAUCCGAGCUCCAGGUUCUCAACACGGCUGAUAUGACCUUUCGCCAGUUGAGGAUUUCGAACCCCAUGUUGAAUGCUGGAGUGAAGAGGAUGAUGGCCGCGUUGGAUUUUCGUGAUUCUCUGCGCACCAGAUGUCCCUCAGAAACAAACGCCAGAGCCAGAAGGAAAGGACGAGGUCGGCAACUGCACUCGCGAUUCACUGAAUUUCACAACCCGCAUGGUGGUUCUAAUGUUCAGAGCGAGGCGCAGUGCAGAAUGCCAGGCAUCUGUGGGAUAGCAUGGCAUGCACGCAUCCCUUUUCGAAUUCGUCUGAAAGCUCUCUUCCUACGUCAGGGGCUCGUUGCUUGAAGUACCAAUCGAAGGGGCUUCAAAGCGUCCGACUUUCUUCGAGCUCGGCAACCUAAAUCAUGCUUCACGCCCUCUUCCAACUGCUUUUCUCUUCCCCGCAUCGGAUCCGUUACAUUUACAUUACUCGCUCAUCCACGCCUUCAGUCGACUGCCUUGACAUAAAUGGCAGCUCUAACUCGCUAUAUGCAUCUUCAGGUGGGAUAAAUCAAAACACUUUCCAAGUCCUGUGAGGGCAGAAUUUGGGCAGAAGUUCCUUCUUUUCUCCUCUCCUCUCCUCUCCUCUGCUGCAUCAUCAGAGUGCGAAGAAGGUCAAGGAAAACCAUCACCGCCAUCACCAUCACAUCAUCAUUCCGCGUCAUUCCACAGCACAAGUAUUAUCAGAAAGAGAGAUUUGCUGAUGGAGCGGAACGAGCUGUGCUGUCGAGCUUAUCAGAGACGAAACCAGUGACGUCCAUGUUUUGGAGCACAGUCUGUUCCAUUCCAAUCCGUUGAACUGCACUUUGCAUGCCACCUGGUCUCCCUCUCUCUCUCAAUCUGUGUGCCCAUUGUAUGCAACACGAUCGGCCUUUCCCAGGCGACCUGCAUGGGAGCUUCGGCACCUGCCACCUGUUGGUCCGAGCGCCACAUGUAGCUCCCCAGGCCAUGCUACGGUGCACACGGUGUUCCUGACCUCCUCGCGAGAGUUUCGCUCCGGAGUCCAGUCAUCCGGCCACCAUCUUCCGAUCGCUGCGAGGAACACGAAGGAAGGGAGCUUGCUGCCACUCCGACGCUCGCUAUGCCAUGCUCACUGGUGCUCCCCUCCGCCACCAUGACAUCUACGCACAAACGCACAUACCUCUCUUCGGACGAGGUGUAUCUAUUGGUGUAUAUAAUCGUUUGGCUCGCCGCCUUUUCCACCAAACCCGUGCUCCAGCAAUUGAUUGGCGAAGUCCGGACCCAACACUUGGCCGGCACUGCUGGACUCCUGAGCUCAAAGGCUAGCCCCGUGCAAUAAAUCGGUGCUGGGAUUUGCAGUGGCUGCUGCUGCUGCUGCUGCUGCUGCGACCUUGGCGAAGGAGGGGGAAGGGAAUGGAAGGGUGAGGAGGAACAGUUGAACCCUGAUAGAAGCAUACAGCAAACGUUAGUCAGGGGCCGUGGUUUACCGACGUACGAGAGGGCACGGUGGGUGCAUGAGCUGAACGAGCGAUUGCUGGGCUGGGUCAGUGGACAGCAUUCAUUGGGAUCGAGGGUUGUGGAAGAGGUCAAGGCGAUCGAGAUGGACUUUAUGCGGCAGCUGGAUUUCUCUCAGGUGCAGCAAGGGCUGCUGAUGGUCUGGAUAGCGGUCGCGGGGCCGGUGAUCGUGGCGGCGAUUCCGAUCAAGGCUUUAGAUCCUUUGAGGAGAUUUUGGUGGCCUCUGUUUAGACGAGGAAAGCUGCUCCAGUCACCCGAUACCGCAGGCAGGGGCUUACUGAAGCUGACAGUUCCGCAGAGUUUUUUCACCCACUUUUACAUCGUAGGACUCACGCUGAAUACGAUUCUAUUCCUCACCUCCUUCGCAUUCGCUUGCAAAUGCUCGUCGGGAGUGAAAAAUCAGUUCUCGUCGGUGGUAGCGCAGCUGACAGGCGCCGGAGCUCACCACACAUUGUUCGCCGGUGAUACCGUUCCAGUGCUGGGGAAAUUCGGUCGGGAGGCAUGGAAGCUCGCCUUUCUUCUCUUGCUGAUGGAAAUCCACCUCACGCGCAGGCUCUACGAGUGUCUUUUCGUGUCUUCCUUCGAUCCUUCUGCGCGCAUGAGCGCCAUCGGCUACCUGAUCGCUCUCGGGUUCUACAUCGUGGUGCCGAUCACUCUGUUUCUUCAAAGUUUCACUCAGGAGAGCUACACGAACGCCUUCAAGUUAUUUGCGGCCCAGAAGCUGAAGCAAAAAGGGGAGGAGAUACUGGAAUCAGCCAAUGAAGCGCCGGAUGUUUUGAAUCUCAUAUCGUACCUAGGACACAUUGGAUUUGGGUCAUACAUCGGAGCUGGCUUGAUGUUUUUUGGAGCUUAUCAUCAAAACGUCUGCCAUGAGAUUCUCGCUGCUCUUCGAGCAAAUGAUGAGCCUGGAUCUUCGAAAAAGUAUUACAUCCCCACAGGAGACUGGUUCGAGCUGGUUUCCUGUCCCCAUUACUUGGCAGAGAUUGUAAUCUAUUCAGGUCUGGUAGUGGCUAGUGGGGGAACUCACCUGGUGAUGUACAUUAUGCUCGCACUUGUGGUGGCGAACCUGUACUUGCUUGCAAAACCUACCCACGAGUGGUACCUUGCAAAGUUCGAUGAUUAUCCGAGUUCUCGUCGUGCAAUGAUACCUUACAUCGCUUAAUGGAUAGGAAGAGACGUUGGAGGCGAAGCUUUUCAGUGGAGUUCACAUUCAGCUUGCAGCAGCUGGUCUCCAUUUUCUGCGUGUCUUGAUAAUGAAUGGCUUGGUCGACUGCUCAGGAGAACAUAGGAAAGGAAGAGUAAGAUGAGGAGAGGAUACAGUUACGGAUCUGAAUGUCAAUCCUCCUGCUGUAGACAUGUCAACCAUGAAAUCGUUGUAAAUUUUACUUGGAUCGGGGUAGGUGCUAUGUCUAGUCCGAUCUGAGUUGUAAAGUGUAAUAUUUAUCUGUGUCGGCAUAAGUAAUACUUCGGAUCAUAAUCAGUCUC